GCCACUGGCACUUCAAUGGGACUGACACAUCGAGAGGCCAGCACAGCUCGAUGCUCCAGAGUUAAGCAGGCUGUAAAGUUGAUGUGCCUUCCCCCCUCCCAAGCCAUUUUGUUUCCACUUUCAAAGUUUCCAAGAGCUCCAUGGAGUGAACAGGCAGAUGUUGUCAGAUGCGCCUCUUUUCUCCCCAAUGGGAAUCAGGCAGAAAAUGAAGUAACGGAAUGGAGACUGCGGCAGCCUUGGACUCCAACAGCAAGACAGCUGCCUUCGGGGGGAGAGCCCUAAUCCUCUGUGCUGUUUUUUAUUGUACUUGUUACCUGGGACUUGCACAAGUACUGCCUGAAGAUGUGGACAUUCUCCAAAGGCUGGGCCUUAUUGGGAAAAAAGCACAAACACUGUCAUCGCCAUCUUCCACGCCGUCCCACACCGUUCCUCAGGGGGUCAUUCCUUUUAAGUCGGGCGUUAUUCUCACACAGAGAGCUCGCAUCAAGACACCCGUAGCAGCCCUCAUUCCUGCCUCGUAUGGCACUAACCUCGCCAUUGUUUUGAGCCUGUGCUCACAUCGCAUCAACAAUGCUUUUUUAUUCACUGUUAGAAAUAAGAAGAAAAAACUGCAGCUUGGUGUGCAGUUUAUACCAGGCAAAAUCAUUGUGUACUUAGGACACAAACAGUCUGUAUAUUUUGAUUACAAUGUCCACGAUGGCCAAUGGCACCACAUGGCCAUCAACAUCAGAAGCCGAAAGGUUACUCUAUAUACUUCUUGUGGGAAGAACCGCACUAAUGCAAAUUUGCAUUUCAAGAAAGAAGAUUCUUUAGACCCAGAAGGGUCCUUCCUCUUGGGAAAAUUGGACCAACACUCAGUACAAUUUGAAGGAGCCAUCUGUCAAUUUGAUAUUUAUCCCUCUGCAAAGGCAGCUCAUAAUUAUUGCAAAUACAUAAAAAAACAGUGUCGGCAGGCAGACAUCUACCGGCCGAAUCUUCUUCCGCUACUUCCUCUUUUGCUACGCUUUCCCAAUUCCUCUACCAUCUCUCCUUCCCCAUUUAUUCUGCAUAAGAAGACUGGACAGGAUGACAACUAUAAAGAGAGUGCAACUUUGAUGGGCUUGGCUCAAACAAUGCCAAACCUCAACACCCAAACCAAUAAAUGGUCAACUUUUGGUACCUCAACCCUGCCCACCACGCUGCCAACACAACACCAGAGCACUGCCACUUCCCACCUGAAGCUGACGACUUCAACACUAUUCCCAAGCACUGAGUUCCUCCAGCUCCCUCCGCAUGUCAAGCUUCCAACCGCAACCCCUCCUACGAUGCUAUCUCAUGCAGCUCCAGACAAGUCCGUGGAAAAGAAUGACGCAACAUUAGCGAAACAGCAAGGACAGAUUAGCCAAGGUCCUUCAGGCAACACAACAUGGCAAGACACCAAGAAGAAAGCUAAACCAACUGGAAACGUGACAGCAAGCCCAACAUCAACCACACCAGUGAAAAAGAAACCCGAACACCAGUCCGCCAAGAAUCAUCUUGUGACCCAGAAAGCAACCUCAGCAGAAUUUGUGGAAAAACUGCCACAAGGACAGACCAAACAGCCACCAGCAAAGAAAACUGAGCCAAACCCAACAACAACUCCCUCGUACUCCAGAGAUACCUACACUGUUAUGUCUGUAACACCUGCCGCCACGGAUGGAUACCAGACCUUUGGGAUGGAAAGUUUUACCAUUGAUCCAAUGCUUCAAGGAUAUCUAAGCAUAAAAGGGGACCCGGGACCAAUGGGUCCCCCUGGCCCUCCAGGACUACCGGGCUUAGCUGGAAAAAGAGGACCUCGGGGACGCCAAGGACCACAUGGAAAUCCAGGUCGCCCGGGUCCCCCAGGUGUGAAGGGAUAUAAAGGUGAACCUGGCAUCUCUCCAGGGAAAGCAUACAAUGGACAAAAGGGUGACGUAGGCCGACCUGGUGCUGUAGGGUUCCCAGGACCACCAGGCCGAAAGGGACUCAAAGGUUACCCUGGAGCACCUGGCCACCCUGGAAAACCAGGGGAGCGUGGACCAGAUGGAAGUCGAGGUGCCAAAGGUUAUCCUGGCAGGCAGGGUUUUCCGGGCCCAAUGGGAAAACAGGGAUCAAAAGGAAAUCGGGGCUUCAUAGGCCCACGAGGGUUAAUGGGUCUUCCGGGAGCAGAUGGAAAGCAAGGCAUGCCAGGAGAAGCAGGGAAGAGGGGCAAGAUGGGUAGGCCGGGAUUUCCAGGAAAUUUUGGGGAGAGGGGAUCGCCAGGCGUGGAUGGAAGCCCAGGAGAUUUGGGAGCCCCAGGACCUCCUGGCGUUCGUGGAUUGGUUGGUGACAUGGGGCAUCUUGGGAAGAUGGGCUUGCCUGGACAUCGUGGACCGAAGGGGCUGAUUGGAAACCGUGGAGAACCAGGAAUGAAAGGUGAUAAGGGUGACGAGGGCAUUCCAGGAAUACCAGGAGAACCGGGUUUCCCUGGCGAUAAGGGUAAUCCUGGGUUACAGGGAAUGCCUGGAAUGAGGGGGAAGCCCGGGAUAGCUGGGGAAAUUGGUGAAAAAGGUCCAGUUGGAAUACCAGGACCUCCUGGCCUAGAGGGUUUCCCAGGAGAUAUCGGUCCUCCAGGGCAAAAUGGUCCAGAAGGUCCAAAGGGAAAGCCAGGAGCGCGAGGGUUACCUGGGCCACAGGGCCUACCUGGUCAAGAGGGCGAUGAAGGACGAAUAGGACCACUUGGAGAUCCAGGUCCUGAGGGACGUCCUGGGAGGAGAGGAUUUCCAGGAAAACCAGGGCCUGAUGGUCCUAAGGGUGAACCUGGCGAUUCUGGAAAGGUGGGGAAGGUUGGAGAACAGGGGGAGCCAGGAUUCAUGGGACCAAUUGGAGAACUCGGGAAAGUUGGGGAAAAGGGUGAUCGUGGUGAAACAGGUCCUCCAGGGCCUCCAGGAGUUAAAGGAGCGAUGGGACACCCCGGACCUCCUGGAGAGCUUGGCCCCCUGGGACCAGUUGGACCACCUGGUGCCAAAGGAAUUCGAGGAUCUCCUGGGAUGCGAGGAAUCAAGGGCCGCAGGGGUGCAAGAGGUUCUGAUGGUCCUACAGGGGAGCCGGGUUCAUCAGGUAUCAAGGGAUCUCUAGGGGAACCAGGUCGGACUGGACCAGCUGGACAGAGGGGUAAAAGAGGGGAACCAGGAGGCACAGGAGCAUCAGGAUUUCCAGGUAUCCCGGGACCUUCAGGCCCUCCAGGAGCAAAAGGAGUCCCAGGAGAGCCCGGACCAUCUGGGCCGGAGGGUGUAAUUGGUGUGCUGGGGGAGAUGGGACCAAAGGGGAUUCCUGGCCCUAUUGGUGAGCCUGGACUCCCAGGUGAACCAGGAGAGAAGGGUGCAGUUGGGCAGCCAGGAGCCAGAGGUGAACAAGGACUCAUGGGUCAAAGAGGAGACCCUGGUCUGGUGGGAGAUGAUGGACCGGUCGGCAUCGAUGGGCUCAAGGGUGACAAGGGAGACCCAGGGGCAGAAGGAGAUAAAGGAGACAAGGGGCUUGAAGGAUUGAAAGGAACAGAAGGACCACCAGGAGUACCAGGAAUCACAGGAGUUCAAGGACCUGAAGGAAAACCAGGAAAACCUGGGGAGAGGGGAAAACCUGGCAGAAAGGGUAGCAAAGGUCACUUGGGACAUCUGGGAGAGACUGGUCCCCCAGGAGAACAAGGGCCCGAGGGAACCCAGGGGCCCAAGGGAUCUCGAGGAACACGAGGAGCUAUGGGCGCACCUGGUCGCAUGGGAGCUCAGGGUGAACCAGGGAUCGCAGGGUAUGAGGGACAUAAAGGACCACCAGGCCCAAAAGGACCACCUGGCCCGAAAGGUGAAAAGGGUGAACAAGGGGAUGAUGGGAAGGUGGAAGGACCUCCCGGCCCAGCCGGAGACAGGGGCCCUGUUGGGGAUCGAGGAGACAGAGGCGAAUCUGGAGACCCUGGUUAUAUUGGACAGCAGGGGCUGGACGGCGAGAGAGGGAAGCAUGGCCAGCAAGGUUUGCCGGGUAACCCUGGACCUCCAGGUAAACCAGGUGUUAAAGGCUCUAAGGGGCAAGAGGGACGAAAAGGAAAAACAGGUUCCCACGGCACGCAAGGAAGCCCAGGCCCACCAGGUCCUGUCGGACCUCCAGGUCCCAGAGGUGUUGUUGGUCGACAAGGUCAAGAGGGGGCUCCAGGGUUGGACGGAGCUCCCGGAAUCAAUGGGAAACCAGGAAUCCAGGGAGAACAGGGCGACGACAGGAGUGUCGGGUUGCUUGGCAAACCGGGAGGCCGUGGCGGUGUUGGAGUCCCAGGAUUACCUGGAUCUCAGGGGCCUCCUGGCUUUAAGGGAGAGAGAGGUUUGCGGGGCCAAGCAGGACCUCCUGGAAUCAAAGGAACAGAAGGCGGGACAGGCUUGCCUGGGAAGAGAGGCAAUCCAGGUUCCAAAGGUCAACCGGGGGACCCUGGAGAAUCUGGUUUCCCUGGGCUGAUGGGAGUAUUUGGACCAAAGGGUCAUCCUGGUGAUCUUGGUUUUACUGGGAUCCAGGGCCCAAAAGGACCACCAGGAUUAAUGGGCAAAGAAGGCAUCAUGGGUCCAUUUGGCGUGACGGGUCCCACUGGGCAUCCUGGUCCAAAAGGGUAUAAAGGAAAUCAAGGUGAUACGGGGCCACAGGGACCGAAGGGUCCAGUAGGCCCACGGGGACUCCCUGGCCCACCGGGUCCUCCUGGAAUUCAAGCCGCACUUAAACAUGAAGAGCUAGGUGCUGCUUUACAAGCUUUUAUCGAAUCGAAAACUGCACUCAGGACCGAGAACUAUCAGAAUUCAGACCUACCUUUGAUUGACCAAGGAGCGGAGAUCUUUAAGACCCUACACUACCUCAGUAAUCUUAUCCACAGCAUUAAGAAUCCCCUGGGCACCAGGGACAAUCCGGCUCGUGUUUGCCGUGACCUCAUGAACUGUGAGCAGCGAAUGAAUGAUGGCACUUACUGGGUCGAUCCUAACCUCGGCUGCACAUCUGACACUGUUGAAGUGACCUGUAACUUCACUAAUGGUGGGCAGACCUGUCUGAAACCCAUCACUGUCUCCAAGUUGGAGUUUUCAGUGGGCCGGGUCCAGAUGAACUUCUUACAUUUGCUAAGCUCAGAGGCGGUACAACACAUCACCAUUCACUGUCUGAACGUGCCAGUCUGGGCAGAUGGAAGUUCGGACAAACCCUUCAAACAAGCUGUAAAGUUCAAGUCCUGGAAUGGCCUGAUGAUGGAAGCAGGGGGGCAGCUGGUACCCAAGGUGGUGUUGGAUGACUGUCAGAUAAAGGAUGGCCGAUGGCACCAGACCCACUUCUUGUUUCACACGCAGGAUCCCAAUCAGUUGCCCAUAAUUGGUAUUUAUAAUUUACCACAACCAAAGCCUGGACUACAUUACCACCUUGAGGUUGGGCCCGUCUGCUUCCUCUGAGCUCCUGAGUGAACCAUCUUUAACCCACAUCAGAGCGUAGUUAUUCUUUACUGUGUAUUCAAUAAAACUCAAGGAAUUGCUGAGGUGAUGUGAAAAUGUCACAUUACCCACCAGAGAAGACUGUCAAUGGCUUUUUUUAAACAAAAAAAAAUUCUAUAAAGAAAUGUUAAGAGGACUUGUUUUGUGGGAGAAUGUUUAGCUAAAACAACCUAGAAUUGAAGAUCUCCACCUAUAGCCAAAGAAUCUGUAGGACGUUGCAGUGCAAGGGACGAGAAUGGCUCUAACUGGGUUGCAGAAGAUCCAUUCUAAAGACAGAUACUUAACCAGCAUUAUUUUCAGCAGUCCCAGGUUAGAAUACUCAGAGGAGUGACUAUACAUAGUAGAUAGAGCUGGUGGCUGCAUCGCCUGCUAAGCAUCUCCAAUGUGCAAUAGUGAGGGGGAAAGGGGGAACUGUACGAGUUGUUGAAAUUCUCUAAAUCUGUGAUACUUCGUUGUGAUGUGUGAACGGUUCUAGUGUUAGCUUUCAGCCACCAAACGCCUGAAACUAAUUGAUCAGGUUCGGGCAAGGAGAAACCAAGUAAUGAGGAAGUGCGUUAGCAGUGUCCACUUUCCUGGUGAUUAUGACAGGGUGCUAAUGGAUUGAGCUUCGUGGGGUGAUUUUUCUACCUCUGGUAUUGGUGCUCACAUUCUCAUGUUUUGCUUUCAUUCGCAUGUCAUAUUUUUGAAUCAAUGGUGCUAUGUAAUUAUCACAGGGUGGGGGGUAGGCUGAUGUUUAGAGAGUGGGGUGACCCCCCCCACCCUCCCCCCGGGGCCUCUGCCCACCGACAGCCAAAAAAAAACACAGCGAUAAUUGUUAACUUAAUGAUUUCUAAAGUGCCUUUAAUAUUUGAAGGGAUUAUUUUAGUUGUGCUUUGGAGAGGUUUCAAACCCUACUGUUCCUGAGUCACUGAUUUUUUUUUGAAAGAAAGAGAGUUGGGGAAAAUUGCUGAGAGUUUUUGAAACCCACACUGAAGUUCUUCACCUUGAACAUUUGCUUUCUUAUGUACAAAGUUGCCCCAAAAGCUGUAAUUAAUAUUUAGAGAAGCUUUAUUCAUUAAAAAAAAAGGAACCCAGAUCUUUCCGUGAAACAAUGAUAGAUUUUCCAACUCCUCAUCAGAUUGUGUACAAUGUUUCUCUGCGCUAUGUUGUAUACAGUGGGUCAAUAUUUUACAAUCUGCUAUUUAAUGUUAUUUAAAUGUUUUAAAACUAUGGUUGAAAGAAAAAAAAAACCAAUCGCCUGUCCCUAUCACAGAUGUCUAUGUUUGAAGUAGACUGUCUUUUUUUUUGUAGUAGUUGUAAAGAUGUUGCUUCAGCACCCAACUGGUCUUGGAGAAUUAUGUAGAGUUCUUUUUGUUUUGCUUGUCCUAAUGUGUAAAUUUGGUGCUUUGAAGAGAAGGAUAUUUCAGUGUUUCAAAUCUAUAAGAUAUUAUGCAGAGUUUAAACGUACUGUAUAGGAAAAUGCUUUAAGCGCUUUUUAAUUCCUGAAGUUUUUUUUUACUUUGAAGGAAAUAUGUGAAGAAUCUAGAAUUCUAAUGCGUUAUUUUAAAUUUAUUUCAUUUUUUUUAAAAUCAAAAAUCUGAUAAUACAGUUGAAAAGCCAGCCAUCAGAAUACCUCAAAUACAUUUCGGUACCAUUCUGAGCACACUUCAGCUUUGUUUAUUUUUAUUUCCUUUUUUAAUUUCUUUUUUUUUUACUUUGUUUUUGGGGGUUUUUUUUCCAUCUAUUCCAUUCGCUUUUCUGUGUGUGUCUGUUGCUAUAGAAACAGAGUCGCCAUAAAAUGGUCAACCGCAGACAUCAGUAUCAUUAUUGCCUUAGUCACGUUUGAACGUUCUGUGCAAGAGUUCACUAUUUAGCUGUGAAUUACUUUAUUCAGCCUUUGCUAGACUCGAUGGGGCUUAGACUCUUCCGUUGUUUGAAAUUAAAAGUUUCUGAAAUUUUAAUGAAAUAAAUAUUUCAAACUGAAGCAACGAAA